AUGGUGACAUCACUCAUUCCCAGCUCGAACUGGGGCUUGCUCUGGGCUGUCCCGCUCCUCUUCACAGUCUAUGUCAGCAUCAACAGGACGAUUCGCAUAUACAAAAACUACAGCAAGGUUGCGCAUCUCAAGAACGAUAUUCCAAUCGUAAUUGCGUGGUGGACUUAUCAAGACCCUCUCUGGAUGCUCAUCGGCCCAGUCCUCUUCCCACGUCUCUACACAACUUUUCCAUUCCUCGAGAACACCUGGCUCCGCUGCUCCUAUCUCGGAUGGACCAACUACGACCGUGGACGUAUCCACGGUCCUGAUGCUCUCGGCCCGGCCUUCAUCCUCAUUUGCCCCAACCGGACAGAGUUCUACACUACCGACCCCAACACAUCUUUCGAGGUCUCCAAGGACUGGAAGACGUAUACUAGGCCUGGCGAUUUGUACCAGGUCUUUGACAUCUUCGGCAAGAAUGUCAACACCGUCAAUGGUCCAGAUUGGCCGCGUCAUCGCAAGAUCACAGGUGGUGCCUUUGAGCGGCAGGAAGUUCUGAGGUCCGUUUGGGAAGAGGCACGGAGACGAGCUUCGGAGCUGGCUACCACACUAGUGCCCGGAAGCAAAAGCGGCGGUCUGGAGACCGACGAGGCAGCCACUGAACUCAACAUGACGCAGAAUAAGGCUCAUAUGUCCCUGCUCACCAUGUCCGUCCUCUCGGUUGCCGCCUUUGGCAAAGCGGGAUACAGUGCUGCAGAUUCCAAGGACAAGUCACUCGGUCAAUUGGAGCCAGGCCACACUUUGACUUACUUCGACACUGCUCGCUUGAUGUUCGAAAACCUAAUGGGAGUGAUCGUCUUUGGCAGUACCAGCCUGCCCCGAUGGCUGCUUCCACCGAAGAUCAAGCAAGUCAGAGUUGCCGUCGACGAAUACUCAUUGUUUCUGAAAGAGCUGUUGAACAGAGUGUAUGAGCAGAAAGAGGUCAAUCCAGGUGCUCUGGACGGUAACGACUUGGCUAGUGCGAUCGUGCGGGCGAAUGAGGCAGAGAAGACGGCCCACGCUGCGUUGCAGAAAGCUGGAGACAGUAGCGUUGGACCCAGUUCCACAAAGCCCUACCUGACCGAAUCGGAGCUGUAUGGAAAUAUGUUUAUGUUCAACAUUGCUGGAUAUGAGUCGACUAGUAUGGUAUUGAACUUCACAAUUGCGUAUUUGGCCAAAGAUGAAGCCCUUCUAAACUGGGUGAAAGAGGAGGUCGACGCCGUGGAGAAGGAGUUGGGUGGGCUAGAAGACUAUGAGGCAUGUUUCCAGGGGCUAGUGAGGACAAGAGCCUUGAUGUACGAAACUCUCCGUUUGCACGUCCCAGUCGCCCACCUCCCGCGCCUCACUCCACCAGAUCAGUACACUACCAUCACGAUUCCUCAUCCCAAGCGUUCCGAGAAAGGAGAACACCUCUCAAUUCCCAUCCCACCCAACUCUUGUGUCUCCAUCCCCGCCGUCAUCGCGGGCUACCUACCCCAAAGCUUCGCGGAACCCUACACAUACGACCCACGACGAUUCAUCGCAGGAGCUGGCAGCACAACGACCACGCAAGUAACACUACCAAUCGCGCCAGCACCAUCAUCAUCUCAAAAUACCCACUUCCAGAAAGGCAAAGAGACCCUCCUUUCCGAAAAGACUCUGGCCACCCAGACCGCCUACCAACCCUGGCUCUCCGGCCCACGCGCCUGCCCCGGCCGGAAGUUCUCGCAAGUCGAGUUCGUCGCCGUGAUCGCCACUCUAGUCUCUCAAGGCAUCCGCAUCGGCCCUCGGGGCAAGGAUGCAGCAGAGAGGGAACGGGAAAGGGAGAAGUUGAGCGCAGGGGUGGAGGAUGUGGUGUUUAACAUGUCUGCUGUGAUGAGGCGGGAGGGAGAGGUUGGGGUAAGGUUCUAUCGCGAUGGGUGA